UCAGAGCAGCAGCAGCCGCUGGAGGAGUUGGGCGGCUGUUUCUCCCUCUCCGCCCGGAGGAGGAGGAAGAGGAGGAAGAAGAGGCUUCGGCUGCCGCCUCUCCGAUCCCCCCCCUCCCCUUCCCCUUCCGCCCCACACCUUUAUGGACGAGCGCCGGAGCUUGCUCUACUCUCCGGCUGCCUCCUCCGCCAGCCGGCAUCCGAGGGGCGGCUCGACCAGCAGCCACCACAACCUGGGCUACACGGAGCAGCUGCCCCCCGCCACCCCCCAGCCGGUACCCGAGCAAGAAGAAGAAGAGGGUGAAGAAGGGGAGGAAGGCAGCAUGACCGUGGUGGGAGGAGGCGGCGGCGGCGGAGACCCUUUGCUGGAAGAACCGCAGCAUCCUCAUCCUUUGCUCGGGGGGGACCGCUACGAUCACGCCCCGACUCCGGCCGCCGUCCCUGCCGGCCAGCCCGCGGGUGGUGGGGAGCACGAGUGCUGUGAGCGGGUGGUGAUCAACAUCUCGGGGUUGCGGUUCGAGACCCAGCUGAAGACGCUGGCACAGUUCCCCGAGACGCUGCUGGGAGACCCACGUAAGAGGAUGCGCUACUUCGACCCCCUCCGCAAUGAGUAUUUUUUCGACCGUAACCGGCCCAGCUUCGACGCCAUCCUCUACUACUACCAGUCGGGUGGGCGCAUCCGACGACCCGUCAAUGUCCCCAUCGAUAUCUUCUCCGAGGAGAUCCGCUUCUACCAGCUAGGGGAGGAGGCCAUGGAGAAAUUUCGGGAGGACGAGGGUUUCAUUCGGGAGGAGCAGCGGCCGCUUCCCGACAAGGAGUUCCAGCGCCAAGUGUGGCUCCUCUUCGAGUACCCCGAGAGCUCUGGGCCAGCCCGAGGCAUUGCCAUCGUCUCUGUCCUGGUCAUCCUUAUCUCUAUCGUCAUCUUCUGUCUGGAGACCCUGCCUGAAUUCAGGGAUGACCACGACUAUGAGGGAACUGGGGGGACCUUUGGGACAGGCGGUGGCCCUCUCCCACCUGAUGUCUUCACCAACUCCUCGUCCUCGGCUGCUUCCAUGGUGUCAUCCUUCACUGACCCUUUCUUUGUGGUGGAGACUUUGUGCAUCAUCUGGUUCUCCUUCGAGCUGCUGGUCCGCUUCUUUGCCUGCCCCAGCAAGGCCACCUUCUCCAAGAACAUCAUGAACAUCAUUGACAUUGUGGCCAUCAUUCCUUACUUCAUCACACUGGGCACCGAGCUGGCUGAGAGGCAAGGCAACGGCCAGCAAGCCAUGUCCUUAGCCAUCCUCAGAGUCAUCCGGCUGGUCAGGGUCUUCCGUAUCUUCAAGCUCUCCCGGCACUCCAAGGGCCUGCAGAUCCUGGGGCAGACCCUCAAGGCCAGCAUGCGGGAGCUGGGCUUGCUCAUCUUCUUCCUCUUCAUCGGCGUCAUCCUCUUCUCCAGUGCUGUCUACUUUGCAGAAGCCGAUGACCCCAGUUCAGGUUUCAGUAGCAUCCCCGAUGCCUUCUGGUGGGCAGUGGUGACCAUGACCACAGUGGGCUACGGAGACAUGCACCCCAUCACCAUUGGGGGCAAGAUUGUGGGGUCUCUCUGUGCCAUCGCGGGGGUGCUAACCAUCGCUCUCCCCGUGCCUGUGAUAGUCUCCAAUUUCAACUACUUCUACCACCGGGAGACAGAGGGUGAGGAGCAAGCCCAAUACAUGCAUGUCGGGAGCUGCCAGCACCUCUCGUCCAGCGAGGAGAUGAGGAAGGCUCGCAGCAAUUCCACCCUCAGCAAGUCUGAGUACAUGGUGAUCGAGGAAGGGGGAAUCAACCACAGUGCAUUCAAACAGGCUGCCUUUAAGACAGGCAACUGCACAACCACAAACAAUCCCAACUGUGUGAACAUCAAAAAGGUCUUUACGGAUGUUUAAAAAAACAAAACCAAACAAACAGCAACAAAAUCUGAGGAUGCGGUAAAAAAAAAAAUAGUAACAAUAAUAAUGCAAAGUGACUGUGUACUCGGUAUUGUGUGGAACAUGCACCAUCGUCGGUCUGUGUGUGCCCUCGUUUUUAUACGUUUAUUUUUUUAGAUCCUUCCUUUCUAAAGAUCCAAAAAAAGGAUUUAAAAUUCUCUGAAGAAGAAGACGGCUAAAGGGUAAAGAGAAGGAAGAUGAAGACAAAACACACUCACCGUCGAAACAGGUGUUUGUUCUGCAACAUGUUGCAGGGCUGCUUUUGUUUUCUUGGCUUUGGGGACCUCUCGCUUUGCUCCUGAAUUUCCCCCUCUUCCCUAAAGGCAGCGUGUAGCCGAUUUCCCUUCCAUCACAUAAGCUCACUUGUUGGAUUAACAACCCUGGGUUGGGUGGGGAGACGAGGAAAACAUGUUGCAGAGCGAACUGGAAGGGGGUUGGGAGGAAACAAGCAUUUAAUUUUGCAGAGAGUCUCUGUUACCACACUGUUAAAUGACGCUUAAUAUUGAAACAUGUGGUGUGCCGUUACAGGCACAUCACAGAUUCCCUUUUCUCCGCCAUUAGAUCAUUUAUAGAGUUCUAAUCUGGUCAGAGACCGUGUGCAAUCAGUGCUGAUUUAAAUAGAAAAAAAAAGAAAAAGCCCUUUUUUCCAUUGUUAAUUCCCUUCCCCUGUAACCCUACGGCAUUAUUUCAUCCAAUGUCAAAUUUGUGGCCGUGCAGUGGGUCUGUGUGCGGGGAGAAGGGAGGCGAAAGGCAAAAUGGAACGGCUUCAGGAGCCGACGGUGCGCAGGGAGCGAUGCCGGCGUGGACCGGGGGAUGCAGGAUCCGUGACGGGCUCCUCGCCGUGGCUGUGCAGCCUCAAACCCACCCAGCUGGAGACAAAGGGAUAUUUCCUCCUUUUUUUGCAAUGCGUUUGGGAGAGAUGCAGCCGCUUAUCGCAAGAAGAUUAAAGUGGCGAACACGCCUUCCAGCGGAAGUCACUAAUUCGGACCGGAGUGAUGCAGUUGCCAUGACGACCCUGGUUUCCUGGGAAACCCCCAAAGGUUGUCAUGGCAUCCCUUCUCCCAUCCCCCUUGGUCCUCGCUCUUCUCGCAAAAAACCCUUUCCAGAUGGUUCCAGCCCCAUCAUCCCGCAGGACACCGCGGCUCUGCCCCGCUACGUGACCCCAUCCUGGCAUCCCCUUCCCCUGCCACGGCUUCCCCGGUGCCGAAUAAAGCGCCCGUAGGCAAUAAGUACACCACAAAUCCACCUCUGCCUCGCAGAGGAGCUCACACCUUGGCAGUGAAAUUGGGGGAUGGAGUCUCAUCCUGCAAACACGAGCGCCCGCUCCACCGAGAACGACCCCGCGCUCCCCCCGCGCCGUGCAAAACCCAGCGGUUUCCCCAAACCCGGUGUGAAAUGGCACUGAGCAGCCAGCGGGAAGGCUCGGCUGAGAAACCUCGGCAGCUUUUUGAAACAAGGGGGACAGAGCUAUAAAGAGCAGGAUUGAAAAGUAACCAAAACUCCGCCGGGGAAAAUACACCGGCUUCAUCUUUACGUGUGCACCAGGGGCCACGGGACAUCUGAUGGGAUCAGAUAACAGAAGAAGUUUCAAAAUUAAGACCUUCAGGACUGUGUUGAGAAAUAAAACGCCUCCAAGGAAAUUGCAAACAUCACAGACACGAUGACUGAUGCUGCUGUGGACCCAACCAACAGAGGGUCUGUCCUCCCCAGUUAAACCCAUUUCAUAUUUCAUAUAUAUAUAUAUGAAAUAUUUGCCAAGUUAUAUGUGUUUUCUAACAAGUGCACUAUGUAGAAGGGAACAUCUUUGCAGCCGGAAGAUUAUCUUCAAAUCAUGUGCAAUAUAAUGAGACUGAACAAAGCCAGGAAAAAGGAGGAGGGGAGGUGGAAAUAAUUUGGACAUUAGUUCAGUCUUUUUUUUUUUUAUUAAAAAAAAAAAAAUCUCUUGAAAGAUUAAGCAACCAGAAAGGAAACGUUAACCAGAGCUGCUAAUAAGCAGUCCAAGUGUUUUGCUUGGGGUGGGAGGGAGAUGGGGGAAAUUCAGUUGCUCUCGCUGUUCCCUGUCGAAGGCCAGGGGCUGUUUUCGGCAUUGGGACGUGAAUAAUUUCUGUUCCAUUUUUCUGACUUUCAUGUAAAUGCUCUUUAUAAGUAGGUAUGUGCUGUACCAAAGGCUGUGAUUUAUUUUAAGUCCUUAUUAAGAAAGUAACAUCUCCACCGAUGCUGAGGAAAAGAGUGUCAAACAAUCAACAAGUUGUGCCUUGCUUUCAGGAUCACUUCAUGAAAAACUAAGGAAAAAUCGAAUUUCCAGGGGUGGAAAAGGUAUAAAAACCCAAUUCUGACUGGUCAUGCCCCUGCUUCAUUUCACGAGAGCCCAUGCGACCUUCUCUGCUGUUCCAUGGUACUUCAGUCCUGAGGGAAUAUUAUAGUAUUGUCGUGCUAAUACUAUAAUAAACGGGAAGUUCCUCACUCCUUUGCCCGUUGCUGUUUCAUUUUGCAUGCUGAGGGCUUUUUUUGUGGCAGUUUAAGAGCUGUGGGUUGCCGGCACUUGGCUGUGAAGCUGUUAAAACUGGGGUUUCUGUAACCUCACUGCAUCUCCUAGGGCCGUAUGGGUAAAUAUUAUCCUAGUGAUGGGAUAAAUGGUCUGCAAAGACAUAAAUGGUCUGCAAAGGCAUAAAUGCAAACGGCAAAGGAGUUGAUGGCCUCUCCUGCUUCUGGGUCCCCCCUCUCGCCCCAGCCGCAUCCACCUCCGCACGCUGCCUCCAUUGCAGCUUUAAGACUAAAACCCACCUGGCACAUACUCUGUUGGAGGACCAAGGUGAUACUCGCAGCAGCAUUGGAUUUCUGGGCAAAAAUAAUGUUGGUGGGACUCAGGCGAGCAUGGGAAUCUGCAUCUGCAUUGCAAUAAUUCACCGGGGAUGGUUCUGGGAAUGUUAAUGUGGACUGGAUCAAAGUGAACUGGAGCUUGCUCUGAAGCAGAGGAUGCUCAAGGAGAGGUAACAGGAGACAAAAUCGUUAGGCAUGUGAAGCAGACUCUUGACUUCAUGCUGCUGAUUGCUUUGGGUCCAUGUCCAAGGACAAGCCUUGAGGUCACCACUGGGUACCUGGAAAGUGGAGCAAGGACCACUCUGCCUGGAGGGCAGCACCAAAACCUGGAUCCUUCACCGAGUGGAGCUAUUUACCUGCAUCUGGGCAGGAGAUGGGGAACAUCCACAGAGGACACGUGUGGGAUGCUUCAAGGCACAACCCAAGUGAGGAUGCACUUAAAAAUAAACACUCUACCUGGAAGAAAGGCUCUGAAAUGGGAAAACUUGGGGGAAUAUUCAUGGCAAAGCAACCAGCUGUCUGCACCACGUGUCUCUCCUUGCAGAAGAGGUUUGAAGAUGAACGAGACCCAAAUAGGUUUCUGAGCCGUCCUUCGGGGCUGGGAUUGCUCCAGACCUGUCUGCAGUUCAGCAGAAGUUGUCCUCCUUUCUGGCUGUCUAAGCCCCGCAUGCAAACUUCAGCCAAAAUUAGUAUUGAGAAAUUCCCUUAACGGUGGGGAAAUGAUGUGGUUCUUAAAGGAAUGCAUUGACUUUGGUGAGGUCACAUUUAUUUUCUUUGAUUUUUAAACACGGAUAAUUACUUGGCUUGAAUUCCUCCUCCUGUCAUGGCAUAUGCAUUGUUGGUGAUGGUGACCUUGUCCUUGGGAGGAAGGCUUGGGGGUCCCAAAGACAGAAGUCUCUGGGGCUUAACAUAGGUGCAGGCUGGGGAGAAUGGGCUGAGAUGGUGAGAAAACAAACAAAAGUGAAAAAACCAGCAGUUUUAGUCAAAGCUGCGUUGCUCACCGUGGGGAAUGAAGAGCAAAUAUGGAUCUGGCCCUUAGUGGCACAUUGCUCCUUGGGCUUGUUUGCAUUUAUUCCCAGCAUGGUAGAAAUGCUGUGGCCACUGGACCUGUGGAUAAAUGAGUUAGAAAGGGCUGGUGCACCUGGUUUUAUUGUGGCUUUUGCAGCAUGAGGUGCAGAGGGAGGUGUGUUGGGGACCAGAACUGCUGGAAAAGCCUGAGGAGCAGGUCCACGAACCCAUGGAGAUGAGCUGGGGGUGCCAAGACUGGACAGAGGGAUGCCAGGGAAUCACGGAGGUGAAGUACCCCGCAGUGUGAAAUCAAUCCAGUGUGAAAGCCAUCAGCACAAAUUAAAGCUAAUUGGAGCAGUGGCUCUCAUUAACUUUGGGUUUGGCUGUGUCCUGCCCUGAGGCCAGCCCAUGAGGGGUAGGGAGAGGGAGCUCUUCCAUGGGAUCCUCCAGCAAAUUGCUCUCCUGGCAAAUCCCCAGGGGUAUGGCAGUAACCGCGGUGCUGCCGCAGCCAGAGCGGUCUGAGGAUGGGCUUGCAGAGCUUUUUGCCUCGUGGCCAUCUGUGUCUUAACGUGGCACAGCCAAAACCCACCUCCUAGGCAUCCAUCCCCUCUCACCUGCAGAGGGGAGCUGUGCCCCCCCAGGCUGUCUCAUCCUGCAGCUCCCCAGCACCAAAAUUAAUUAAUGUUCAGACCAUAAAAAGUCUGAGGCCUUAAAAAGACCACUUAAAAAAGACCGUAAAAAGUCCCCAGUGUUUGGGGAGUGAGGGCUGAGCCUGUUUCCAUCAGUGGGAACCCCAAAUAACUGAGCAGUUGUCUCUUCCCAUUGCCAUGGAUGGAGCUGCCGACAGGCUGGGGGAGAUGGGGCUGGGCUUUUUGGGGAGGUCUUACCUCCAAAACCACUAAGGAGCUGCAAAAUAUUUUUGUUUGCAGUCUUCCCUGCAGCAUGAUGGGUUCGUAGCAUGCUCUUCGGGCUGCAAAGGAGAUUGAACAAAAGAUUAACAACUCUGAAAUCUCCAGGGACUGACCCAGAAAGCACUUUUCUACCAUGCUGAUAGUUUUGGGGUGCAAACAGCCAAAGCACCCACCGAAGGUCUGAUGCAGCAUCCACCCCCAGCCCUGCAGACAGCCCCAGGCUGCCCGCAGGGGUAACGGCACAUUAACAGAAGAAUUGAUUUUCUGGAUUGCAACACAGGCCUGGAUCUUGGGAAGCCCUGGUCCCAAAGGUGUUAAAUUUAGUUUCUUUUGGAACAUGAUCUAGUAGCCCUUAAAAUGGGGGAUAGAAUGUAUCAGUACUAAAGUUAUUUUUAUUUUUCACGGUGUUAUGGAGACCUUUUUUAUGGCAUGUGUGUAUGUAACAUAAUUGUACCUCGUCUGUUUUCAAUCGCCACUUUGUUAAAGCGUCUCUCUGUUACAGUUUGAAGUGCAUAUUUUGACAAACAAAGUGAUGGGAAAAACCAGAUCCCUUCACCCAUUUGGGUUGGUGGGUCCCAGCGGUCCGGCUCCCGGCAGCAGAAAUGCCCCACUCCCGGAGCAGAGCUCAGCCCACGGCCGCCGGCCACUCCACUCCUCCCAGCCAGCACCAAACCCACCCCACGGACAUCUCACACCGAUGACAAUCUUGCCAAAUUUCAACCUCUUCUCGAUAUUGUACAUACUGGCGUUGACAACGUUGCUCCAUGCUAUUGGCUUUCUUUUGCUUGGUUGCUGAGCCAGCUAAUUGUUAAUGUGCUUUUUCAAAAUAAUCGAGAGUUUGAUAGUCUUUAACUGUCAGUCCAGUAUAUUAAUCUGUGUUGCCACGACUCUGACUCUAGCGUUGUGCGUUUUAAAGAUAACCAUCAUAUCGGGA